AUGACUACAGAUCAAGUUGAAGUGGACUUCUAUGGGUUCAAACCAUUAGAUUCGGAAGGGAAACCCUUUGAUUUUGAACAGUUACGUGGGAAAGUGGUUCUGAUUGUGAAUGUUGCUUCACAUUGUGGGUUUACUCCGCAGUACAAAGAUUUAGAAUAUCUGCAUCGUAAAUAUAAUCGAAAAGGUUUGGUGAUUCUUGGAUUCCCAUGCAAUCAAUUUGGCCAUCAAGAACCAGGCUCGAAUUAUGAGAUAAGCAAAUUCUGUACGUUGAAUUUCGGUAUCACGUUCCCUAUACUGAACAAGAUUAAUGUCAAUGGAGUUUACUCAGAUCCUCUUUAUAAAUAUCUAAAAGAGAGAAAGUUGGACUCGGCAGGAUUGAAAGGUAUCAAAUGGAACUUUGAGAAGUUUCUAGUUAGUUCUGAGGGUGAAGUGUAUGGAAGAUAUUCAUCUUUGAUGUCACCUCUUGAGCUGGAAUCCGAUAUCUCUACACUGAUAGAACAAAAUCAAACUGCACACGCCACAUAG